AUGACGUCGGCAAAGGACAAAAGCCCUGGUCUUAAUCUCGCCGGCACACCCGCGCCAGAGAUCUACAACGAGGUGAUCCGGGACCUUCUGAACCCGUCCUCGGGCUUCCUGGACCUGAGGGAGGACGCCAAGGGCGUGAUCCAGGUGGCGGGCAUCACUGAGGUGUCCACCAUCAACGCUCAGGAGAUCAUGGAGCUGCUGAUGAAGGGCAACAAGCAGCGCAUGCAGGAGCCCACCGCCGCCAACCAGACGUCGUCGCGCUCGCACGCCGUGCUGCAGGUGGCCGUCAAGCAGCAGAGUCGCUGCCGCGACGUCCUGCAGGAAGUCCGCUUCGCCCGCCUCUUCAUGAUCGACCUGGCCGGCUCGGAGCGAGCAGCACAGACCCAGAACCGGGGUCAGAGGUUAAAAGAGGGCGCCCACAUCAACCGCUCCCUGCUGGCGUUGGGGAACUGCAUCAACGCGCUGAGCGACAAGAACGGCAACAAGUACGUCAACUAUCGAGACAGCAAGCUGACCAGACUCCUGAAGGACGCCCUGGGCGGGAACAGCCGCACCGUCAUGAUCGCCCACAUAAGCCCCGCCUCCGUGGCGUUUGAGGAGUCCCGCAACACGCUGGCGUACGCCGACCGUGCCAAGAGUAUUCGCACGCGGGUGAAAAAGAACCUGAUAAACGUGUCGUACCACAUCGCUCAGUACACCAACAUCAUCUCGGACCUUCGCUGCGAGAUCGAACGGCUCAAGAAGAAGAUCACCGACCAGGCGGCCCGCCAGCACGGCUCCGACAGGGCCGACAUCCGCCACGUCCAGGCGGAGGUCCAGGCCCACUCGUGCAAGCAGAGUCGGGUCGACAUGGACCAGCUGAGGGAGCAGCUCCUGGACGCUUUCCGCCAGCAGAUGGAGAUCCGCAGGAACCUGAUGGCACUGGAGAAUAACAACAUGGAGAUCCAGAUUGACACGUCCAAGCAGCUGCUCACCAUCGCAGACUGGGAGCACGAGCGCAGCCGGCGAAGGAGGAAGUGGCGAGCAGAAAAACGAAAAGAAAGCACGAGUAAAGACGACAGCGAGAAGGACUCCGACUCUCUGGACUCUCCGCCGGACUCCAACGUGACGGAGGAGGUGGCGUUGGCCAGAGAGAACCUGGUGGCUCUAAUGACUCAGCAGAAGAAGCUCCACAAGCAGAAGGCGCAGCUGGAGCGCAAGUUCCUGGAGCUGCGAGACAAGGCCCGCCACUUGGAGGAGCUUCUUCCGCGGAGGGUGAGCUCAGAGGAGCAGCGGGAGAUACUGGGCCUCCUGUGCAAGGUGCACGAGCUGGAGAUCGAGAAUGCGGAGAUGGAGUCGCACGCUCUCCUCAAAGACAACGUGAUCCGGCAGAAGAACUUUGUGGUGAAGCGUUUCGAGAUGCACCGGCAUCUUUGCGACGAGAUCAUACAGCAGCAGCGGCAGUUCAUCAACGACCACAGCCUUCUAGUCCCGCCCCAACUACAGGAGCUCUAUGAAAUCUACACCAGAGAGCUGGACGAGAGGAAGCUGGACCGAGCCGUGGCUUUGGACAAGGUGACCACCAGGCACACCAUCAAGGGGGGCUCUCUCCCCAAGAUCGCCCUGCCCGCUCAAAACCGCGACGCCAUCCAGGAUCUGGACUCGGACCAGGAGAGCGUGCGCAACACGUGCGCGGACGAGCGGCGAGGACAAGCCAAACUUCGCAGGCAUACCCUGCCUCCCAUCCUGCCGGAGCCUGACCAGGACAACAACCGGGUUUUUAAGAACGCCACACAGUCCCGACACGUGAAGAACUCUGCGGUAAUGACGCCGCCUCCCAUCCAUAUCAACGGGAAGGGCAACAGAGAGCCGCUCGCACCAGUGAGCUCACUCAGCUACACCCACCUCAACCACAGUGUCAGCAGCCACCUGGACUCAUCGCCUGAAAGCAGCGAGGCGGGACCUGACGUCCCCCUUUCACGAACCGAGAGGCAGCAGAUCCUCAGGGGGGUCCACAACAUUUCGGUGAAAGCGGCCCGGCGGCGCUCCAAAGCCCGGGAGGCCGAGUCCCUGCGGUUGCCCCCGGCGCCCUCGCCGAUGGAGCCCCCGAAGCGAAAGAGCAGCCUCUUCUCCGGCGAGGCACUCCCUGGUGGUCUGCCCUCGCGGCGCGGCCGACAGCCCAGCCCCGAACUCCGGCACGCCACGUCCGACGACAACCUGUCCAGCAGCACCGGCGAGGGCGCCGGCGUGCGGGCGACGUGGAUGCGGCCCCACAAGACCGGCAGCAAGAACCAAACCCCCCGGGAGGCCGACUUUGAGGCGCGCCGCAAGAAGAGGCGCUCGCGCUCGUUCGAGGUCUCCGGGCAAGCCCUUCCCCAGUCCAAAACAACCACGGCUUCGAGGUUCCGACCUCUGGACAGCACGUCAGACCCUCACCUCCAUGUCAACGGUCAGCCCCAGGUGCCCAUGCUCCGCCCCCAGUAUAGAGGAGUCCCGCCCCUUGCCAAAGUCAGGCCCCCACUCAGCAACCAGCAAGCAGGCGCCCCCUCAGAAGCCCCCACACCGCAGCUGAACAACCUGAAGCGGGUGCCCUUCCUGCGGCAGCCCCAGCCGCCCCUCCACGUGGCCUCCAACGGGGGCCAGCGCCCACGCAGACAUUGAGGUGUACUUUGGACGCUGGCAAUACAAAAGACAUACAAGAUGGUGGAGCCAUGAUGACGCCAAAGUGCUAACCAAAAUAGCUGCGAUGAUUGUGCACGUCUUGGGACAAGAAGUUUAAUGUCUUCUCCCAUGUGGGGAUGUGCCUACAGCGUGUCAUCCUCCCCUUGGGGGCGUACAUUUUUUCUCACGCCCCCCGAAGACGUAAUUUUUUUCCUCAGGCACCUCCAUGGGAACAUACAUUCUCUCCUAUGUGCCCCUUCAAGAUAUAAUUUUAUUCUCUCUCACGCCCCCCUCGGAGACAUCAUUUAUUUAUUUCUAUUUUUUUCACGCCCUUCCUUGGGUACAUACAUUUCCUCUCACGUUCUCCUUCGAGACAUACAUUUUUUGUCACGUACCCCAUUGUAGACGUAAUUUUUCUCUCACGCCCCCCCUCGGGGACAUCAUUUAUUUAUUUCUAUUUUUUUCACGCCCUUCCUUGGGAACAUACAUUUCCUCUCACGUUCUCCUUCGAGACAUACAUUUUUUGUCACGUACCCCAUUGUAGACGUAAUUUUUCUCUCACGCCCCCCUCGGGGACAUCAUUUAUUUAUUUCUAUUUUUUUCACACCCUUCCUUGGGAACAAUCAUUUCCUCUCACGUUCCCCUUCGAGACAUACAUUUUUUGUCACGUACCCCAUUGUAGACGUAAUUUUUCUCUCACGCCCCCCUCGGAGACAUCAUUUAUUUAUUUCUAUUUUUUUCACGCCCUUCCUUGGGAACAUACAUUUCCUCUCACGUUCUCCUUCGAGACAUACAUUUUUUGUCACGUACCCCAUUGUAGACGUCAUUUUUCUCUCACGCCCCCCUAGGGGACAUCAUUUAUUUAUUUCUAUUUUUUUCACGCCCUUCCUUGGGAACAUACAUUUCCUCUCACGUUCUCCUUCGAGACAAAUUUUUUGUCACGUACCCCAUUGUAGUUGUAAUUUUUCUCUCACGCCCCCCUCAGGGACAUCAUUUAUUUAUUUCUAUUUUUUUCACGCCCUUCCUUGGGAACAUACAUUUCCUCUCACGUUCUCCUUCGAGACAUACAUUUUUUGUCACGUACCCCAUUGUAGACGUAAUUUUUCUCUCACGCCCCCCUCGGGGACAUCAUUUAUUUAUUUCUAUUUUUUUCACGCCCUUCCUUGGGUACAUACAUUUCCUCUCACGUUCUCCUUCGAGACAUACAUUUUUUGUCACGUACCCCAUUGUAGACAUAAUUUUUCUCUCACGCCCCCCUCGGGGACAUUUAUUUAUUUCUAUUUUUUUCACGCCCUUCCUUGGGAACAUACAUUUCCUCUCACGUUCUCCUUCGAGACAUACAUUUUUUGUCACGUACCCCAUUGUAGACGUAAUUUUUCUCUCACGCCCCCCUCGGGGACAUCAUUUAUUUAUUUCUAUUUUUUUCACGCCCUUCCUUGGGUACAUACAUUUCCUCUCACGUUCUCCUUCGAGACAUACAUUUUUUGUCACGUACCCCAUUGUAGACGUAAUUUUCUCUCACGACCCCCUCGGGGACAUCAUUUAUUUAUUUCUAUUUUUUUCACGCCCUUCCUUGGGUACAUACAUUUCCUCUCACGUUCUCCUUCGAGACAUACAUUUUUUGUCACGUACCCCA